AUGGAUGUUAAUCCCCAUGGCUAUGGUGCCAUGAAUGCCACUUCCCAUUUUUCUAACGCCAUAAUGGGUGAGGCUUUCCUUGUUGGUAAGGAUUUUGGAGCUAUGCCUGCAUACAUAGUAGCUGCUCUCCAUCCUGAUCGAGUAGCUGGUCUUAUAUCACUAGGUGUUCCUUUUAUGCUACCAGGUCCGACUGCUGUCCAAAAUCAUCUUCUUCCUGAAGGUUUCUAUGUAUCAAGGUGGCAGGAGCCAGCUGGGAGGGCAGAAGCAGAUUUUGGCCGCUUCGAUGUUAAGUCAGUGAUAAGGAACAUCUACAUUCUCUUCUGUGGAAGUGAGGUUCCAGUAGCUGCUAAGGAUCAAGAGAUCAUGGAUUUGUUUGAUUCAGCUAUUCCUCUACCACCAUGGUUCUCUGAAGAAGAUCUUUCAGUCUAUGCAUCUCUUUAUGAGAAGUCUGGAUUCCGUUUUUCAUUGCAAAUUCCAUACAGGAGUUUAGCAGUGGACUGCGGUUAUACUGAUCCAAAAGUCUCUGCUCCAACACUGCUUGUCAUGGGUGAGAAAGACUACAUCUUCAAGAUUCCGGGGUUUGGAGAUUACAUACGAACUGGGGAAAUGAAGCAUUUUGUGCCUGAUUUGGACAUUAAAUACAUUGCAGAAGGGAAUCAUUUCGUGCAAGAACAACUUCCAGAGCAAAUUAAUCAGCUGAUUCUCACUUUUCUUGGAAAACAUGGUAUUUGA